UUCGACUCAGCACCUUUUUUUACCCUAUAUACAUAACGGAAAAGUACCUUUCUUAUCAUUAAAUCAGUUAAUAUUUCUGUACUAGUUAUGUCAGCUUCUCCAGAUGCAGAUAUUAUUUCCGAUACCCCACCAUUAAAAAUCCCAAAACACCGUAGAAAACGCACUCUUAUUACACUUGCAACUAAAAGAGAUAUAAUAGAAACGUCUGUUGGAAAAACUUCUUCACAAGUGGGGAAACUAUUCGAUCUUCCAUCUUCGACUAUUAGAUCAAUUCUUCAAAGUAAAAAUAUAAUUCUCGGAGCCCUUGAAAGAGGAGCAGAAGAGAAACGUUCUUGUAUCCAGCCAGUAAAGAAUGAAAAUCUUGAUAAUGCUAUAUUUGAUUGGGUCAGAACAACAAAGGAAGGAGGUUCUCCUUUAUCUGGCCCAAUUCUGAAGGAAAAGGCAAUUGAAAUUGCGAAACAAUUAAAUAUUGAAAAUUUCAAAGCUUCGGAUGGAUGGCUAGAAAAAUUUAAGCAUCGACAUUCUAUAUCUUUCAACAACAAAGAAGAAGCUUUAGAUGAUGGGUUCGCGUACACAAAACAUCGUCUUAGUGUUGAUGGACGUAGAACCUAUUGGCGUUGUGAGAGACGUAGUUCAUUAACAGGCUGCCAUGGACGUGCUGUUACUAUUGGAAAUGAGGAGGGGCAACCUGUUCUUUUAACUGUUCACCAUAAUCACCCUCCAUCUGAAAAAUAUGGACCAUUGACUGGAGGGACUGGAGUGCAUGGCUGGGCAAUUGGAGGUGAUGUUGUCGGUACUUCUUCCACUACUCCACCACCAACUAAUGUUCGCGGAGUUCCUGUCGUUCCAAAAAUUUCUCGUUGUGAUAUUGCAAGAACGUAUGGGGAAACUGCUGUGAAUUCUUCACGGAAACGCCGUUUUGAAUCUCCCCAGUUUCCAUUUGCUCUUUCUCUCCCGCCAUUUAUUGGAGAUGGGGAGCCUCCAAACCUUACUAAAGCUGAUGAGACUCCCAAUUCUCCUCAAAAUUGCUCUUCCUAUUCAACUUUGGAACAAUUUAUCAAUUCUCAUUCUGACAACAAUUUACCCCCUUUUCUUGAAUCGGCACAGGAUAACUUUAACGUCGAAAUUCCAAUAAAACGCCCUCAUUUAGAGGAUAAUAAUGAUGGCGCAGAAUUGGGAGAACUUUAUUCGACGGAGGGAUUUUUUGAUCCAAACAAUGAAAGCUGUAAGGACAAUGAACGUACAGCUAAAUUAGAUCUAUUGAAGAAAGAGUGGGAAGAAUUCCCUUCAUAUGAUCCUUCUCAACCCUCUUCUUCAUUAGCAGCAGUACAACAAUCUGCUGAUGCAUUAAUUAACAAUUCAUCAGCCAAUCAAAUAAAUAAUGUUUCUUCCUCAUCUUUUGGAGGGACAGCUUUAAUUAGAGAAAAAUCCCAACUCGAUUUUUUCCUUCAAUUGCCAAUCAACACAGAAUUUACUGGAACAUCAACGAAUGAUAUGAAACAAAUGCCGACAACCCAGGAAUGGGAGAAUGAUCCAAGGACGAUUGAACUUCGCAAACAGUUAAAUGAUGCUCUCGAUCGUGAACGCAACUCCCAGCACAAACUUCAAAAGACUGCUGAUGAGUUGCUUGAUGCACGUUCAGAGAUUGAUGUUAAAAAUGCAAAAAAUGAACGUUUAGAGAAGAGGCUUAAAAAGUAA